AUGAGGCUCAAUGACGCGCCGGAGCACAGCGGUCAGCGGCGGGGUGAUGUAGGCGAAGUACUGGCCGACUUCAAGCUGCACCAUCCGGCUGUGCGCAGCUAUGCACAGCUAGCCACGAGCUUGGAGCCGCUGGAUGCGCUGCGCGAGGUCACCGUGGCCAGCACGAGGGGGGACCACUACGGCAGCCUUGAGUCGCUGGUCAACUUUGUACACAUAAAGCCAAUGAAUCACGCUAGUCAGAGGGAACAGAUCGAAGGCUCGAAGCUGUUCUGCCCCGUCGGCGGCACAGUGCUCCGUCAGAGGCCUUCCGUGCUCACGCUCACCGCAUGCACGGGCGCCGCUUGACUGGGACGAGUGCACCAUUUCACAGCGGCCGGGUGGUCUGAAAAGAAGGAUUUCGUCAUCGGCGACACCGGACUGGGAGGCGUCACAGCCGAUCUUCGCGACGAGUAGAACAGUGCUUGCCAUGCUUCGUCAUUUAGAUACUGUGGAAGAGCUUCCAGUGCGUAACGUUUAUUUAUGGACCACACAGAAUAGGAUUAAGUAAGCUUUCAGCGGGGUAGUGUUAUUUCGCAACACUGCCAUUACGUCAUACAGCUGGAAGAGAGAGCUUGCUGCUCCCGCCGUAUCGCAGAUAGAAACUUCUUGGGCUUCGCGCGCUGAAGCGACGAUAUGAUUUUAGGCACGACUGAUUGGAGGAGGACUAAUUAAUGUUGGUCACCUGGGCCACUAACUCUUCACGUGCGUCGAGACCUAAGUACACUGGUGGUUUUGCAUUUGGCCCGUCGAAGUGCGGCCACCGUCACCUGCCAUCGAACGCACGUCUCCUAGAUUAAAAACGCCAUCCCGCCAGGCUUAUUUUAUUGCCCUAAGUAAGCAUCGUUUUAUGGUUUUUAAAUUAGUAGGUAUCGACUAAUCAAAGAACACGUGUUGCUCGGCCACGACGGCCUGCCAUAGAGGAGAUAGGGCAUGUAUUGGUAAUUGUAGAUAUUUAAGCUGGGGCGUAGUGUUCACUCUUGUGGAUUAAUGUAAUGCUCACUGUCACCAGUGAGUUGACGGGGUCGCACAACCUUUUCUGUCUUGCCUCAGAUAGCCUACUUGAAGAAGCGACAAAAGUUCACACAGGCUAGCGCGACCUACUCGCCGCUGUAACGAAGUGCCUUGCGAUCGUGAUGCCGUUCACGCCUGCCGGCUCCGCCAUGACACCGGAAAACAAGCAGAUGUGCUGUUCGCGAGCGUAUUAUUGGUUCACUACCAAACAGUGAGGGAUCGAGCUGAAACAGCCACAUUUCACUCAA